GAGGCCGAAUUGGAGGGAGAGAAAAGGCAGAGAGAGACUCAGCUAGAAGGCCUGGAGUUAAAGGUACUCUCAGGGUCUUCCAAGCCGGUGAACGGGCUCCAUACAGGUGGCGGGAAUAGAGUCCAUAGAAUAUUCUAAAAGUCAAAGUCUAACGCAAACUAAAAGAGAGGACUCGGAGACAAACGGACGGAGAGAUAAAAGAGAAGUCUGUGAUCCCGAAAAAACAAAUCCCAAGCUGGAAAGGGCGAAAAUUAUAAUUAAAACACUUGAACGCGUGCCCGCGGUACAAAGACUGAGUUAGGAAGGGGGCUAGAGGAAAUGAGGGGUCCCGGGAAGGGGGAAAAAGAAGAACAAAGGCAAGCGAGUAAACUGAGCCCAGAGAAGGAAGUGAAAGAGAGGGGCGGGAUGAGGUUAUCCAAUGAAAUUGCUCGGCAUUUCGAGGGCGGGCUAGGGUUGACUUUCCACCAAUUCAUUCGGGCGCAGGGCUUUUGAACGUUCCAAUCAGAACGUUCUCGUCGAUAUAAAUAGAGGCGAGGGCGGUGGGGUUUUUCCGUAGUCGUUUGGUUGUUGGGGAAGUGGAGUUCCCUGCUGUGUGAUCAUGGCUCGUACGAAGCAGACCGCUCGUAAGUCUACCGGUGGCAAGGCGCCCCGUAAGCAGCUCGCUACGAAGGCUGCCCGUAAGAGCGCGCCGGCUACUGGCGGCGUGAAGAAGCCUCACCGCUACCGGCCCGGCACCGUGGCCCUGCGGGAGAUCCGGCGCUACCAGAAGUCGACCGAGCUGCUGAUCCGCAAGCUGCCCUUCCAGCGGCUGGUGCGCGAGAUCGCGCAGGACUUCAAGACCGACCUGCGCUUCCAGAGCUCGGCCGUGAUGGCCUUGCAGGAGGCGAGCGAAGCCUAUCUGGUCGGGCUGUUUGAGGACACGAAUCUGUGCGCCAUCCACGCCAAGCGCGUGACCAUCAUGCCCAAAGAUAUCCAGUUGGCUCGCCGCAUCCGCGGGGAGAGGGCUUGAAGUCCUACAACGCUAACCCACCAAAGGCUCUUUUCAGAGCCAC